GUUCAACUUUGACUUUGUUUAUAAUAUCGAAAUUUUUUUAAAGUAUUUUUGGUGCGUUUCGUAGUUUUGUUCAAGCGAUUGGUUCUGUUUUUAUUGCGACGACCAGGUAUGGAGUCGUCUGCUAAAGGUCCAAUAAAAAUAUAUGGCAAUGAUUCAUUAUCAAGUAGAGUCGCUGCCUUUCAGAAGAAGGCGGAAGAACACCGUGUGAAACAGAAGUAUAAUCCGUUUUCUCAGGCAGGUAGUCUCAGUGAAUUAAAUCGUCCCAAAUGGGACAAAAAUGAUCCUAGGUAUGGGCGACCAGUGGAAGGUUCUAAAACUGAGCAGAGAGGAUUAGCUGCUGGCGCACAUAUCUCAAAUGAGGUUAUAUUUCUUUGUGAAAUGAUCAGUGAAUAUGGAACCACAGGGGAAAAUGGUACUAUGUGCAUAACGUUUGGAGAACUGUUUCAGAUUUAUACUGCAAUAUCAAACAAAGUUGUUGGAAUUCUCAUGAGAGCUCGUAAGCAUGGUCUAGUUCAUUUUGAAGGUGAGAUGUUAUUUCAGAGAAGAGAUGAUGAUGUAAUAAUCACCCUUUUGAAACCAAUCAAUGAGAUACGUCCUCCAAAAGUUGCACCUAAACGGAAACAUGAUGAGCAAGAGUCAAUGAGCGUUAUGUCUCCUGAAGAUUAUUAGAACUGAAAAACAAUUUGUGUGAUUUUCUAAAUUGUUUUAAACUUUAGGCAGAAAUUCUGAUAUAACAAUGAACUUUUUAUCUUGCUUUAUAAUGUACUUUUUGUUUUUAUUAUAUAUAGAGCUUAAUUAGUAAUUAUUAAAAAAUGCUUAUAUAUAGUUUUUUUUUUGUUGCCUUUGUAAUCAGAAGUUAGAGGAAUGUGUAUUUAUAAUUAAGUUCAAAGUUAUGCUACUGAAAACUAUUAAUAUAGGAUUCUUUGGCUGUUCCUGAGAAUUUCAAGGAUGCUGAGAGUUUUUUUGUGCAGAGGAUAAAUAUAAGACUAUUUUUUAUGAUUAUUUACAAUGCAUCUAUGAUACUAAAUAAGUGAAUUAUUAAUUCAAUUGAAUCUUCUUUCACAGUUUGAAAAUAUGAUUUUGUAUAAUUAAUUAAUGCUGUGAUCAGAUAUUAAAUAAGCAUCUAUCCUUCAUUUCUUUAUGAAAUAAUUUUCCCUGCUAAGUGCCUUUUACCAUAAGGAUUUACUCUUAAGAACUCUUUUUGUCAUAAUGAAUUUAAUUUUUAUUUAAUAUUUUCAAUUUUAUGUAUUUAAAUUUUCAGCUAUCAGUUAUAUGUGUAUUUUAUCUCUUGAACUAAAUUUCAAGCUUGCUUCUAUGUAAUAAUCUUAACAAGUAAGCUUUAUGCUAAUUUUGCCAUGAAAUGUUAUUCAUAGUUCUGUCUUUUUUUGUUUGAAAAAGUCCAAGUAGGAAAGAAAAGCGUACUGAUCUGAACAUGAUGUCUAGCAUCAUUAAUUUGAAAAUGUCUUUAAAAUUUCAAAAUCACGCAGAAUAUUUUAAACUGACUGGUAUCCAUAUUCUUGAAAAUUAGUAAGACUGCAAGAAUUGGAUUGAAAUUUCAUUCGCAGAAGGGGGGAGAAGUUUCAUAUCCCUGAUUUAUUUUACAAAAUCAGAGUCUGAAUCUCAGGUUGUAUUUUACUAAGUCAUUGUGUGAAUUUCACUGUUGAGUGAAAGGAAAUCAAGACAGAGGAACAUUAUAUUUUUAAUAUCCUCAAUAUUAAGUAUAUGUAAAUUUAUAGCUGUGAAAUAAUUAUUAAUAUAAAAUAAAUAUUUUUGCUGUACAUUGUAGUUCAAAGCAUGUAAAUGAUGUACAUAGAUAAACUUUUAUGUCUUCUAAUGCAUGUAUGUAAAUAUAUAAUUUCUAAAAAUGUAGUUUGCUUUAAGUAGUGAAGAAAUUAUUCUGUUACCUGAAACAAUAAUAUAAAAAUUCUAUGUUUAAAUUAAAUCUGUCUAUCAACAGCAUUGAUAUUUCAAGAACAUUGAAUCAACACUGACGUUUAAAGAGAAAAUGUGUAAAUAUCUCUUCUUUUAUAGUUUCAAAUAUGUGUUAAUUUUAUUCUUUAGUUUUAUUUAUUAUUUAUUGUAAGUUUCUUUUACUUAAUAUAUUAUUUAUGAUUUUUAAUUAUUUAUUGUUAUAAAUUUAAUAUUUUCCUGAAUACUUUUUUAUGUUGUUAAUUUUUUGAAAAUAUUUAAGAUAUGCUCAUAUUAUUUCUAAAACAUUGUUAUAAUUUAUUUGAUUAUGAAUGAAUGUAAUACUUAUGAUAAUUGCGUUUUCAUUUUUAUGAUAAUGAGGAUCACAUUGUCUCUGGAUGUAUGACAUUUCUAUUCACAUUUUUUGUCUUAUAUCCUGCUUAGGGAAAAAAAUAUCAGCUAGAGUAGAUUUAAUAAUUGUGAAAUACCAUUCUGUGAUAAAACUGCACAUAAUGUCAAAUGUUUAAAUAAAAUUAUAAUUAAUACAGUACUUGUUUUAAUCAUAUACUUAUAUAUAUAAGUUAUAUAUAAGUAUAUGAUUAUAUUAGUGCAUGCUUAUAUUGGCAUUUUAAUUACAUUUUUUAUAUCUAUUCUAUCAGAAUAUGAGUUAAUUAUUAUUUAAAUUUACACUUUUGUUAAAUGAAUUCUAGUAGAUAUUUGGCUAUGAUUUUGAAGUUUGUAAUUUAAAAUUGCUUCUCAUACUAACAGCAGAAAUGAUAUAAUAUGCUUUAAUAAUAUUUAAUAAAUGUUUAAUAAAUAUAGGGACUUUUCUUUUUAAUAAGUUUUGAAGGCUUGCAACUUUCAGCUGAACACAGUAUUUUUAAACAAAAAAGUAAUUGCAUUAUUUCUUUACAAAUGUAUUAAAUAUUGCCAAUAUAAUAAAUAACAAAAGGCAACAACAUAUUUCUUAUUUAUUAUAGUAUGAAGAGCAGAAGAAA